AUGAUGCAACCUGCAAUACCAGAAAUAGCUUCAGGCUCCGUCACCCCAACAGCUCGAAUUCUUGUCCCCGAAAAGGUCUCUGCGGAUGGCCUCGCCCUCCUCACUCCCCAUUACGAUGUUGAUGUCAGGCUAGGGCUUUCCGCCGAGGAGCUCAUUUCCAUUAUCCCUAGCUAUGACGGCCUCAUCGUUCGCUCCGAAACAGAUGUUUCAGCGGAUUUGUUGCAUGCGGGGAAAAGGCUCCGAGUUGUUGCACGUGCUGGAGUUGGCGUCGACAACAUCAAUGUGCCUGCAGCUACAGCCCAGGGCAUCAUUGUCAUCAAUUCACCUGGGGGCAAUAUCCGCGCCGCCGCAGAGCACACAAUUGCUCUGCUUCUGGCGACAGCUCGAAACAUUGGCCGCGGGGACGCAACCGUCAAGCAAGGGAAAUGGGAGCGCAGCAACCUCGUCGGCGUAGAGGUCGGGCAGAAGACGCUCGGUAUCGUGGGCCUCGGCAAGGUCGGUCUCAACGUUGCUAGGAUGGCCAAGGGACUAGGUAUGCAGGUCAAAGCAGUUGACCCUUUUGCCAGCGCCGACAUGGCCCGUCAGGUCGGGGUUGAGCUCGUAUCAAGCCUCAAGGACUUGCUGCCUCGAGUUGAUUUUCUCUCCAUUCACACCCCGCUGCUGGCAACAACAAUGGACCUCGUCGGCGAAGAGGAGUUGAAGACCAUGAAGAGGACGGCUAGGGUGCUGAAUGUGGCCCGAGGCGGUGUCAACAGCGAAGCUGCACUUCUCAAGGCCUUGGACCAAGGUUGGAUCGCUGGCGCCGGCUUGGAUGUCUUUACGACCGAGCCUAUCGCUCCCGAGUCGAUUGCUGCACAACUUGCCAAGCAUCCAAAGACUGUGUCGACGCCUCACCUCGGAGCAUCCACUGUCGAAGCUCAAGCAAAUGUGUCCAUGGACGUAUGCACUCAGAUGCUCGACAUUCUCCGUGGCGGCUUGCCUACGAGCGCAGUCAACGCCCCGAUAAUCUUGCCCGAGGAACAUCGCAAGCUACAGCCGGCAGUGCAGCUGAUUGAGAAGAUGGGUCGCCUAUACACCCAGCACUUUGCCAAGGCCAAGGGUGGAAUGAUCGGUGACCGAAAGUUCGAAGUCAUCUAUCAUGGAGACCUUGCCGGCAUGCCCAACACCAAGCCUCUGUUCGCUGCUCUGGUCAAAGGUCUCGUCGCCUCAUUUAGCGACUCUCACGUCAACAUUGUAAACGCGACCCUCAUUGCAAAAGAAAAGGGCAUAGUAAUCGACGAAACACACGCUCACCAGUCCAAGGAUCUGACCUAUGCAAACCUUGUGACUUUGAAGUCGAUUGCCGAUGGCCCUGCGGGCGCAAAGGCAGAACAGACCAUCGAGGGCUAUGCUUCGGAUAAGCGGGUAUAUAUCUCUAAGCUGGAUCGCUUCAACGCAACCUUUAGGCCCCAGGGAACUCUAAUCAUUCUCCACAACUAUGAUGAACCUGGGAAGAUAGGUGGUGUGGGUACGGUUCUCGGAUCCCACGGCAUAAACAUACGGUUCAUGCAAGUGGCUGGUUUGGAUGCCGAGGCCAGGCAGGGACACAAUACCCAUCCAACAAGUCAGAAAGAUAACGAAGCUCUCAUGAUUCUAGGGGUUGAUGGUGAUGUCGAUGGCAAGGUAUUGGAGGACUUGAGACAAUCAGAAGGCGUGCUGGAUGUCAGUCUUGUGCAACUGUGA